CUGUGUGUUUGUCGAUUUGUGGUUUCCAUUAGCGUUUAUAGCUUAAGCGCAAGAUUCAAUCUUUUGAAAACGUAUUCAAGCUACACAGCUGAAUAUUUGGUUCGGGUAGGUGGGCUGCUAACCUGGACGGCCAUCUCAACGCCGCCAAUCUCCAAGUCCGGCGGCACCUCGACUGAUUAUUCAGUGACGUUACCAGGCCGCCGGAAAUCGCGGAAGGUGAAUAAUUUUGGGGAACUUGAAAUGGGGCUGACUUCCCUGAACGAUACAGGUGAAGCAAUGAAAUUAUGUGUGUUUGAUUUGAGAAGGGGACAAACUGAAGGGCAGGAGUUGGACAAGAUUCUUUUCUUCUAUCCCGCUGAUUUGCCAAUUUCGACACAGCUCUCGGUUAUCGGCCUUAGUGAAGGACUCAUCACAUUUACGAGAAUAUUCUCUCCCGACGCUCCAUGUGAGGUCAUUGAAGCAGAGAUGCAUUCUCAUGUUUUCUAUGAGGCAGAGCCCGAUAUAUGGAUGGUUAUGGUAGUAGAAAAAGACAAGGAAUCAGAAGCCAUCUGGCGAGUUGAUGCUCUACGGAGUAUUCUUAAAGAAGCUCAUUCCCUUUUCGUGAUGUUUCAUGGUCCCAUUAGAAGCUUGGUCGAUAGAGAACCUACUGGAGGACUUGUCAGAACACAUCUGUAUUAUUUCAUCAUGGAUUUUCUGAGUGCAUUUGAAAAGCCAUCACCAUCGGGAUAUUGCUGCUGGGGUAAAUGCUGCAAUUGCGAUUUUUCAGUUGGGAAGAGACUUCAGCUGCCAAACUUUCGUGACUCUUUAAAAGAACGUGGAACAGUGCAGAUGUUAACUGUGGGGCGGGAGGCUGCUCUUGAGGUGCAGUCUCUCGUUAGAGUGUUGGAAUCAUGUGCGGGUAAUGCAAAUUGCCACUCAUUGACCAUGUUCCAGGACUUGCUGGUCUCGACUAGCCUCUCUCCUAUCGACACUGUCAAUCUAUUUACGUACGCCGUCCUAAGGCUAACCCCACUUGCUCUAUCCUCUGGAGUAAGUUCAUGGACCAAUUCACGCAAAGCAAGCACAUCAUGUAAUACUUCUGCUGGGGCUGUACUAGCUAAUUCGGGAACCGUUGUGGAUCAAUAUCACAAUUCUCGUGAUACAUCUCCACUUAGAAACCACAGUUAUCCAUUUGUUAGGCCUUUGCAGCAUUCCAAGUGGUCCAAAGGGAAGGAUGGCUUUCUCGUCACAGAUAUUUGGGGUUCGGAUGUUAAUGACUUGAUGCCUACAAACCCAACUAUUUGGCUUCACCAAACAGAGGAAAAAAUGUAUCUAUUAGGUUAUCAGCAUAAGGGCCUGACCGUGAUACUUCUUAUUCCAGUCUCGUCAGUCAAUGGGGAGCAAGGACUUGCUUUGGUGAAGCAGCAAAUCCUUGAAAGCGCUUCAUUGAAGAUGUUCAAAGUUGAAGAGAAGCUAUCGAGAGGGUGGGGUGGUGAGAAUGCAUAUCACGUGAGUGGGUAUCGUUAUUUAUUGAUCGAUGGUGAUCGACGUAUAUCAAGGGCUUCUCCACCUGGAAAAGUAACAACUCUGGCAAAGGACUCCUUGAUUGCGCUGACUAAGCUUCGGGAGGAGGUUGAUUUGGAAAAAGAUAGGGCUAAAUGGGAUAAUUCGGGCCGUGAGAAAGAUCUUCAAAUCUGCAUGAGGGCCAAAAACAAUGCCUGGGUUAUUGCUCGGCUCACGACAGGAAAGGAGCUUUUUAUGGUUUUGGAAAAAGCUAGCGAAACCCUUCUCUACGCCUCUGAUGCCCUCGAGAAGUUCAGUGACAGGUACUGCAAUGGUGCGUUUUCCUUGGAUUAGACAACGGUCUUUAACUGAGGUCACUGGCAUGAUGCAAUUGGCAUUAAAUUUUGAAGAAUUUGCCCACGAUCGAGCGUUUGUAUAAAGUCCAACUCCAUAUAUUUUCGUUAUAAUGACGAUUUAUUUUUCCCCCUUUUUCUGGUAUCCUUAACAGAAUAAGACGGUAAUAUGAAAUUGUCGAUCUUCGGAUUAGAAAUAAAAAUUCUCCUUAUGCAGUACAGUUUAAUGGUUAGUCGAUGGUUUUCAGUUAUGUACAGUUUUUGAACAUUGUAUUUGUGUUUAUUGUCCUUCAUACAAAACUCUUGCCAGGCCCGUGAAUUGGAAGUUUCAUCAUCUAUUGUAUUGUAUGCAAGAUGAUACAACUAAUGGAACGUCGUGUGAUUAAUAAAUAUUCCCUAUAUGAUAAAUAAUAGUAGU